AAAAGCUCGAGCAUCUGCAGAUGGCAGUCCAGGCUCAGACAGACAGCUUACCGGGUCCAGAAUCCAGAUGCGCCUAGACUCUGAGACCUGACGUGGCAGCUCGCAGAUAAUCUACAAUUGUGAAUCGGUUAAUUGGCCCAGAACAUUACUGCAGACAGACUGUGGGAAUCUGGGUCAUGAGGUUACGCAAAUGGUGCGGACUCCAGGAGAAAAGUAUCUGAAACGGAAUGAAGACGAGGAGCUGAAUUGGUCCGAGGAAGAUGCGGCGAGAGUAAUCGGACACCUCUGAUUUUGGAGCUUUCCCACAAACAUCCCACUAAUUGCUGCUGUUCGGAGCUCCUGGUGGUUGGACCAUCCUUGCAACUGGAGGCUCGAGGGAGGAAACUGAAGGAGAGGAUCGAGGAGGAGAAUGCAGAGGUGUCCGGCUCGGCUUGUUCUUCUGGCAUGGAGGCAGGAGAGAAUGACAAUAUAGCAGGCGAAGGAUGUGGAGUAUUGGGCAUGUGGUGAAGGUGGUACACCUAUCUGGCAAUUGCAGAUAAUGCGAACUAGAUGACAAUGGAAGAAUUUUGGAUUUCAGGAAAGAAUUGUUUGCUGAUUCACCUCGCACACGCCAUCGCGGCAGAAUCAGGACGAGGAGAGAAACAGGGAAUCCUUGUACAAUCUGUACACGGACUGCGAAUGGAGGCUGCGAAUAGUCUGCAACCGCCGCUGUGGUAGAGCAGAGGGUUUGCAGUAAUUUUGUGGAAAGAGUGAAGAACUGAAUUUCAAGAAUCGUUGCUGACAUAUCUCGAACGAAUGGCAUAGCAACUCAUAAACAGGGGUCAAUGCUGCACUUCCUUUCACGGAUCCUUCUCGUACUCAUCUGGAGCUCAAUUUAAUCCUGUCAUCAGCGUUAUAAGUCGGGGAAGCAUGCUGAUAUCCCACUUCAGACUCGAUUCGCGCUUCAGAACUGGACUUCCUUGCCCCAAACCUCUCCCACCAGCUAUUGUACCUUGCCACUGACAGUGGAACCCGCCGAAGCAGAAGCACCUCCCACAUUCGCACGAAGUGCCAUCGAAAUAGACGAAUCCACAGAAGAAGAGGAGCAACCCCGACUCUAAUACGUGAACGAGCAUCGAGGCGGGGGUAAUUUUAGGCCUCGAGCGAACGCCUGGUGCAUGCUCAACCUUCGAUGCUCUGUGGUGAAAUACGACGGCAGCUCAUCGUGACUCCAGAAGUGAAGAAAACGGUCUUGAGAUUUGGACAGGGACCUUGUAGUUUACAGGAAGAACGGGAUUGGCGGACAAUUGAUGGGUCGUUACCGAUGGUGCUGUGAUUGUCAUGCAGAAAGCAAAGAGACUCUGAUGACGCGAUAGAAUCCUGGAGCUCUUUGGUAACAGGAACGCUAGAAUUCUGUCCGGGGAGAGCGAUGCAGAUUCUUCGAGUUGCAGAGUUCCCUCUCGCUCGGCACUGUACAGUCUUGACCCGGAAUUUGAGGGUGAGCGAAGCAGUGCUCGAUGUAGAGUGGAUCAGCCUAUGGAAAUCGUGCGCCAUCUCGCUACUAGCUGCAGUUGCAGUAGCAGCCCAGUCUGACAGUCAGUACUGACGGGGAACUCGGCCGGGGGCGCAAUUUGGCAGCUAUUUGCCUCGAAGCAGAAACCGGACACAGCAAGACGAUCCGUGGCAAUUUGAUCCAUCUGGUUCGCUUGCGAGGGGUGAAUGGCCAGGGCAACCUUACAGGAAAGACGAGGCUCAUCGAUGAGAGUCUAAAUGUGGACUAUGUAUAAAGGAAUAGUCACGAUGGAGGAGAGUACCCAAGAGGCGAAUGGCGAGGAAGAGGCCAACCUAGCAAACGAGCUUCCCCGUCCACGCCUUCAGGUUACUCGUGCUGUUAUCAUGACAAUGCUGCUCAUGCUGGUGGGACUGUUGGCUUUUUGCGUGUGGUUCUUCGCUUACAGCGCUCCCAGGCUAUCCGGUAUUGAGGUAAUGGGUCUCACUGCAUCAUUGCGUAAAGAGAUUCUGGAUAGCACGGUCGAAAUCUUGGACGAAGUCUUCCGCUGGAAUGCGUAUGGGGCCAGGGCACUGGCUGGAAUGCUGGAGAGGGACCUCUUGGGAGACGGCUCGAGUCUGGAAUCUUUUGAGAAGAUUCGCGCAGCAUCGUUCUCCGUUUUCAAAGCCAUUCCACUCAUCACAUCAAUCGGUGCAACAAAUAUCAAUGGACUGACAGGUCUUCACGUCCGCGGGGGCCUGAACCCAACCGACAGAGACACAGGGAAAACGGCUCCGAUCUACAUAUACACGAAGAGCACCGAUUCGAGUCCCAGUUUUUACAUCGAGAAUUUGGAUAUGGACACAGGAGAUGCAGUUGGAAGCCCCCUCGAGUUUCAAUUCAGGGAGCACUUUACGGAGAGGAAGUGGUUCCAUGCAGCCCUGUCAGUUCCAAUGGGAGACAUCUCGUGGCAUACGUCUCUCAGUCAAGCCAGUGGAAGACCUUACAUUCAGUGCUCCAUUCCCGUCUUGUCCAAAGAGUCUGAGGAGGUGACAGUAGUACACUGCUCUCACAGCGCCGACGCCAUCACCAACUACCUGUCAAAUGCCCUCGACCUGAAAGGUGGCAACGUGUUCGUAGUCAACGACGUGGGGGAAGUAGUCUUCACGUCAGAAGGAGAACAUUGUCUGAACAAGAACACCAGCCACUCGAGUGGGUGCGAGGACAACUCCGAGGUCGUGCGAGCUCUGGGUUACAUACAAUCACAAAUGGAUGUGACAGAGUUGGUGCAGGAGGAGGUUCAUCGUGCUGAUGUUCUCCUGCGAGGUCGACGAUAUUUUCUCGAUAGCUGGCCCUACUCUUUCGAGGGCGCCAAGCUCGCGGUCGUCGUGAUGAUUCCUCGACACAGCUUCUCGGGGCCCAUGGACUCGCAUACCCGCCUUGCGUGGAUAGCCAUCCCGUUGUUUGUCGCUGGAUCCAGUUUCGUGGGGUUUCUCCUGAUUUUCCUCCUCAUGGGACAUGUUGCUGCCGACAUCAAGCUCAGAGCUGAGCUUCAGCGGCAGGUCGAGGCCAAACGGAGAGCAGAAGCCAGUCGAGAUGCGAAAACUGCCUUCUUGUCUCACAUGAGCCAUGAACUGAGGACACCGAUGGCCUGCAUUAUCGGACUCCUGGAAAUAUUGAUGCAAGAUUUGAAGAUGUCGGAACACUUGAGCAGUGUGAGGCAGGUGCAUCGAUGCGCGACCUCUCUGGUCGACCUCCUCAAUUCAGCCCUCGAUAUAGCCAAGGUCGAGGCGGGGAAGCUGGUGCUCGAGGUCAAAGAGUUCGACAUCGAAACUGAACUUACGAACCUCAUCGAAGUAUUUUCAGUUACGUGUGACACUAAGGGCCUGCAUCUCGCACUCGAGCUUUCAGAUGACAUUCCGAAGCUGGUGAAAGGCGAUCCUGCUCGCGUAAAUCAAAUCUUCACAAAUUUGGUCGGAAACAGCAUAAAAUUCACCUCAAAAGGCCGGAUCAUUGUUCGUGGCUGGGUAGAUACUCGAGACACAGAGCCAACGGAGUUCACUACGACAGCGCUCGAAACUGGCAAAAACCAAGUGGUUUUGACGUUCGAGGUGGAUGAUACGGGCCCUGGCAUUGAGGAAGACCUGCGGGAAAGAGUGUUCGAGAAUUUCGUGCAAGGAGCUGUCAGCGUCCCGCGCACCCAUGGAGGCACUGGACUUGGGUUGGGCAUUGUGCGGUCGCUGGUUAACCUGAUGGGUGGAGAAAUCCACAUCGGCGACAAGGCUGGCGAUGGAACUGUUUUUCGGUUCUCUCUGUGCUUUGAUCUUCCUCCGGAUCAGAAGAGCUCUCGUCGUGAGAUUCUGAAACGUCCUGAUGUCAUUCUGGGGAUGCCAGACACCGACUGCAGGUCCGUCGUGGCGAAAUGGAUGGAAGAUCGCAGGAUACCGGUUCUCGAAGUCAGUUCCUGGGAAGAUGUCCUCCUUCUGAUCGAUGUCAGGAGAUUAGCUCCAAAUGGAUGGAAGCUCGACGAGAGAGCCCCUGCCCUUCGCAAGGAUGAUGCAGGUGGGGAAUUUGCAAAGCCUCGGAGCUCUCCUGCACGCCAUACUGGACCAGUAAGGAGAGCGAGGUCUGCCGCCGCCACCAACGACCACAGGAAGCCUGUGUUGAUCAUAGAUGUGGACCUGUGUCCGCUCUACGAAGACGAGAAUGACUAUCUGUUGGCGUUUGAGCAGCUUGGCCUCAUUUCAAUCCGUUCUAAUCAACAGGGGCAGGAGGAGGCUCCCGGCCAUCUCAAACAGAGGAUCCAGUUUUGUCAAGCAGCAAAGUUUCACGCCAUCAUCUGGGUUAUGGCUUCUUAUACUCCGGAUUCUUUAAAGAAAGCGUUGUAUUUACUAUGUAAUGCCACCUGUAGAUCUCUUUUAGUUAGACGACCACUUCAUCCAACAAGACUGCGAGAGCUCUUCAGUGAGCUGGAAUUCAGAGAACAGAGCUUUCAGACAGAAGGCAGAAGUGCAGUCACUUUGAGGCCAGCAAAUCCAGGUCCUUCUCCUGUAAAUAUAGGGAAACAGUGUGGGCUAGGAACCUACGAUAGUGAUGUUGACUCUUGUCUUACGAAGGGUGUCCCUGUCGAAGGAGCAACUCGUGCACCAGACGGUAGUCCAGCGUUGGAGACUACGACGGACACGGCUGCUCCACUUACUUCUUCUCCGGAGACGAGCAAGGCGGAAGUUGAGAGGGUACCACAAAACCCGCUCAUCAGAACGAACUCGGACGACGCGCAGAAAUAUGUAGGAAAGUCAGAGCAGUUAGUGGCAACGAAACCCCUGCGAGGACUGAGCGUCCUAAUCACGGAAGAUCAUGGACUCCUUCGCAAAGUUGGCGUCACCAUGCUCGCCAAGCUUGGCGCUACGCCCUCUCUUGCCUGCAAUGGCCGAGAGGCAGUGGAAGCUGUGGUUUCCCGAUUCGAAAGUGGAGCUGCUCCGUUUGACUGCAUUCUCAUGGACUGUCAGAUGCCGAUAAUGAAUGGAUAUGACGCAUGCAAGGCGAUUCGAAAGUUUGAAGGAGACAAGGACCAACGCACCUGUAUAGUUGCCCUGACAGCGAAUGCGAUGGCCAGCGAUGAGGAGCGGUGUUUUCAAGCGGGCAUGGACGCCUUUCUGUCCAAACCUAUGACACAAGAGAAGCUGGUCCAAGUGAUGUUAGCGAGCCUGAAACAAAAUGCUUCAAACGUCAUCGAGGUGACGUGAAGCACUGCAGGAAAUAUUUCCCAAAAUUCCAAUUUUGUAUUAUAUUGUUGAUUGAGUGUAUUGUAGUCUGAGGUGAUGUUUAUACAUGAAUCCUCCCUUUUACCAUGGAGGACCGGUCUGUACAGCAUUUGUGAACAAGUCAAUAAAUUUUUGAGAAACAAGAAUAAGCCCACUAGGGCUUUUACAGAC